AUGAAGGAUAUGCUUUGUUCAUUCUUGCUCUCAAUACUGGCCAACACUGCGACCGGUGCAGUUAACGAAGAGUACAAACUCAUGAAGGACCAGUUGAUACUCCAACAUGCAUGGACGGAGAUGGAUUUGUUCAAGAUCUUCACGACGCUUUCUCCCACAAUCAUCGGUCCAGAUAUGCUCCUCUUACUACACAAUGUUGAGGAAUGUGACAAGAAUGGUCGAGAAAUAUUCUGGAGAACGUUGAGCACUAUUACAGCCACAACCGAAGUGCCAUUCAAGGUUGUGGUAACGUGCAAGAACCCUUUUGAUCUCUCAGAUGAGUUGCAUCAGUGGCCAGAUAUCCCUGUCACCACAUAUAAUAUUGGCGAUAAGAAGGAAUAUUUAAGCCAGAAUGCUGAGGGUAAAUACUCAGACGACCUGUUAUCCAUGUUAUGUCCUGGUGGACAUGGUGAGGCUAAAAUCCGAAAAAAGCUAAUUGAGCUCAGAUCCAUGAAGACCAAAGAUCUGGACACAAUUCUGAAACUAAUCAUGGAUCUCACAGAUUGGCCUCAGGAUGUGUCACAAAGAUCACUGCGUGAAUUUUAUCACCGUCUCCAGGCUGUCACUCUGAAAUCUACACCGGCUGAUAUCUUAAGGCAAUCCCUCCAGGAUAUCUUGGACAGGGAUGGCCUUAGAUGGAUAUUGAAUUGGCUCUUGAAUGGACAGCAACCUCUAAGCUACAAUCAAUUAGCAACGGCGUUAUUUCACUUUAAGCGUGGAAAAGAUGACACAUUCCAUGCACCAUCCCCUACUGAACUGCAGGAGCCCCUAUCCCAUCUUCGUUUAUGGGUUCGGGGCAUCACAGAGUCUUUCAGUGGCCAGGUCCGCUUACGAGAAGAGUUUCGGGGCUAUUUCCAAAACAAGUCGAACCACCUUGAGGACUAUUUAACACCAUCUGAAAAUAUUUUGGUAUUCCUGUUCGACUACUUGACUUCGCCAGAGAUUCAAGGACGCCUAGACUCUCUAUACAACCAAUAUCAAUCUAAAGUUGGGUGCUCUGGCAAUCAUAUUACGCCACCGCUUGUCACGGAUGGCCAAGACUUUAUUUUUUACGCAAUUCAGGCUCUUCCGUAUCACUUGUCGCAAGAUCCAAACUUUCUGCUAAGCAAAAGUGAUAUGUUAACAGCCAUUACCAGCAAACUGAUUCCAUGGUCGAGGGUAUACUGGGCCAUGAGUAAUCCGUUCUCUCGUCCCAAAUUUGAAGCAUUGCAGUCACCAUUUGAAACACUUCUCACAUUAGGGAAUUUGGGACUGGAAGCUGUUUCCGCUUUGAAAGAAAUACAAUACUCAACAUGCCCGCCUACAACUAAUACCCACGAGAUGAGCAAAGCGCCCGUGUCUGUAGGGAUGAACUCUCUCUCCGACGCCAUUAGGGAGGGAAAAGAGAAUGCUGCGUUGUCUCUUGCGGAGGAAUUAAUACUGGCAUCCGGAAGCCAAAACAAAGUCAAUGGAGAAACUGCUACUUUGCAGGAUAGUUCGAAAAUAAGUUGGCCGUCGUGGUUUUUAUGGAGAGCAGUGUGGCUCAACAUGGACCGACUAGUCGCUCUGCUCUUGAAUAACGGCAUGAAGGUGGAUCCCGAAGACGGUGAUUCCAUAUUUUUCCCCUCUCCAUUAUACAUGGCUGUACGCCUAGGCCAUGCUCUCAUAAUGGAAACAUUGAUAGAGCGUGGAGCGAGGCUUGAUGUGAAAAGACCUGGAAUGGACAAUCUGGUAUGCUCUGCUGCUGUCAGUGGUAGCAUACAUGCUAUCAAUUCCUUGAUGGUCAAAAACAAGUCACUACUGAAAGUACAAGAACUUGAGAAGCCACUAUAUGCUGCGUCUCUCUAUGGUAACUGGAAAGCGGUCAAGAGGCUUCUAGAACUUGGAGCCGAUCCAAACUCGGGCAUAGGAGAAAGAUCUAACGAUGGGGGAGCCCCUCUCAUUGUUGCAGCCGAAAGGGGCAACAUAAAAACAGCCCAGAUGUUACUCAAGCACAACGCCGAUCCAAACAUUAUCGGGCCAAGAAAAUUCAACACUCCGCUAUGGUUUGCCGCUGUCAAAUCAGCCAAAGCAGAUUUGGUUUCCCUUCUCCUCGAUCAUGGAGCAGAUCCCAACCACAAGUUGAUAAAUCCACCGCUGCUCGUAGAAAUUAUAACGGCUUCGCCUAUGCGAACCAAUAACAAGCUUGCAAUUCUCAGCUGCUUAACCAAAGAUUCAACAGCCCUGAUCAACAUUGCUCAUGCAGGAGGCAUGACGCCGCUCCUCUACGCUGCAAACGAGGGAGACUUGGAUAUUGUAAAAUGGCUUCUAGCGUACGGGGCAGAUAUCAAUGCGACAGACAACCAAGGUCACAGCGCACUGUGUUAUGCUAUUGCAAAGAUGCAUGUCGACGUAGUCCGAGAGUUAUUACGUUGGGAGCAAAAGCUUGACAUCUUAACUAAAUCCGGAAACACGCUCCUUGACAUGGCAAUAAACAACGUCUCAGUGGUGCAAAUGCUACUGGAUGCCGGCGUCAAUAGUGAGUGGCCGAACAGAGAUAAUCAAACCGCUAUCAAUACGGCCGUCAUUAUGAGGAAGACAGAUGUUGUGAAGCUUUUGGUUGAAAGGGGGGCGAAUAUCCACCACCGGGACAAUACCGGCGAGAGUCCGAUUCUGAAUGCAACAAGAAAUAUACCGAAUGCGGAGAUCAUACGUAUCUUACUAGAUGGCGACGCAAACCUUCGUGACGAGGACCCGGAUUCUAAGUACACUCCCCUGCACUAUGCGAUGAACCAGGAGAAAGAUAUCGCCAAAAUACUUCUGGAAUUUCGCAAUAAUAUUGACCUGGAGAAACGCGAUAUCAAUGGCAGAACCGCCCUUUUGGUCGCUGCUUGGGGUGGUAGAUUUGAACAUAUUAAGCUUCUGGUCGAAGCUGGAGCUGACAUCAAUGCGCAAGACCAUUUGGGAUGGACAACGCUAUCAUAUGCUUUGUGUCACUCGUCCGCUUUCGAAGUUGUUGACUGGCUCCUCUGGCAACCCGCCAUGGAAAUAGAUACUAUAGGAACUCCAGUUGGAACGGCACUCAUGGUGGCUUGCUACUCACUGAAUGAAGAAAUGGUCUUCAAGCUUCUUAGUCGAGGCGCAAAUCCGAACAUGCCAACAGGAUAUCGAUACUGCAACAACGCCUUGAAGGCCGCGUGCAGACCUUGGAAGAAACUAAAUUUAACAUACGAGGAGCGCAUGCACAAGAUAGAUGCGAUUAUCUACAUGCUGGUGGAGUACGGCGCUGAUGUUGAUGCCAUGGAAGGGAACACCAUCUAUAAUGCCAUUUCCGCAGCCUCGUUUUCUGCGGGUAGCAGUACCAUCAACUUGCUUUCGAAUAUGGGGGCGACAGCGGAAACGGCUGAUCCUUUAGGUCGAUUCCCCCUUCAUUUCGCCGCGGCAAGUGGUCUCAAGAACUUCGAAGUCAUGCUACGUCUUCACAAGGGGAAUUUAAUGGUCCGUGACUGUUCCGGAAGGACUGUCCUACACUGGGCGGCCCAAUUUGGCCAUGUGGAGACAAUUGAAGCCAUCUUGAAGAUAAUGAGCCCCUCAGGAAAAUCAAGACGGAACUAUAUCAACCAACCUGAUAUUGAUGGGUGGACGCCGCUCUGCUGGGCCACGCAGCCAUUAACCAAAUACAAUGGUUUCUACCCCAACUUGCGGUUUGAGCCUUAUUCACAGAGGGAAGUUGUGAAAUAUUUGAUCGAUAAUGGAGCUGAUAGGGGCGUUACAUUUAACAUAGAAGCAGAAGACAACGUCGAAACAUUUACACUAGUACAAAUGGCCAAACUUUGCAAUGUUAAAGACGACAUCAUCAAAAUGUUGGCGGAUGACCUGGAUGGCACCUCAACGAAGAACAUAGCAGACAACAACGGGGAUGUCGAGCGAAGAUAUGCGUGUGAUUCUACGACCUGUAGCAUAUGUUUCAAUGCAAUAUUUGGCUGCCAGUACGAAUGUCAAUCUUGCCUCGAAUUCAGCGCCUGCAAGAAAUGCUACGGGAGGAUAAACAUCUAUCAUGGUCACUUCACACUUGAAGACGGAAAACCGCACCAAUUUGUGAGUCUCAAAUUCGACGGUCAAGACUUCUACCAAAUCGAUGCCUUGGAGGCUUUUAUGGCGGAAAACGGUCAAGAUGGGGAUGAUGAUGAAGAUGAGCUACCACCUAGUGUAGGGAGGGAUGGGCUGUGGACCGAGGGCUACCAUAAAAUGGAGUUAUGUGAUGAUGAUGAUGAUGAUGGCAGUUCUACCCGCGUCACCGCGAAAUACUCCAUCAAGCCCGUCAAACCCCGCAAAUCCGACCCCAGCUCCGCCGACGAAUCCUCCCCCUCGGACCCAAAACCCCCCCGCGGCAGCCUCGUCCUCAAGACCUACGACCCCGUCAGCGGCGUCGCCCUCAAGUACCGCACCACAAAGGCCGCAGAGGUCACGCGCCUCAUGUACGCCGCCAUGGGCCGCCUGGGCAGGGCACAGGCAAACGUACAGGACGUUCCAGAGGAGACGAUGCAGGAUGCUGAUGCGGUCGAGACGCCUCAGGGUGAGCAGACGCCACAGCAGACACAGCAGCAGGGUGCGGCGGGUGGUGGUGGUGGUGGAAAGAAGAAGAAGAAGGGCAAGAAAUGA